ACCAUGCCGAGUUACUUUCGCAAGAAAAGUGCAAAUAGAUUUCUACGGGGCCUUGAAUUCGCACUUGGCCUACAGACAAGAUAUAGAAGUAGUACUGGUACUGAUGCGGAUGUGCCCAUCGAUGUGGUUGCAGCUGGCGACGGGUCUGGCCCUGCUGGGUGCUGUCUCAUUGCAGACUCUGCAGUCGUUCCCCAAGCUGUGCGACAUCCGAAACUUUGACGACUUCCUGCGGCAGACGGGCAAGGUGUACAGCGAUGAGGAGCGCGUUUACCGCGAGAGUAUCUUCGCUGCCAAGAUGUCGCUGAUCACGCUGACCAACAAGAACGCUGACACAGGCAUCGCGAGCUUCAGCCUGAGUGUCAAUCCACUGGCGGAUAUGACCAGGAAGGAGAUCGGCACCUUGCUGGGCUCUAAGGUGUCCGAAUCCGGCGAAAAGUACACCGAUGGACACAUCAACUUUGUGACUGGCCCCCGUAGUCCGACCGCAGCCAAUCUGCCGGAGAAGUUCGAUUGGCGCGAGAAGGGAGGCGUGACCCCGCCCGGCUUCCAGGGCGUCGGCUGUGGAGCCUGUUGGUCGUUUGCCACGACCGGAGCCCUCGAGGGCCACAUCUUCAGGCGGACGGGAGUGCUGCCUUCACUGUCGCAGCAGAACCUGGUGGACUGUGCCGACGACUACGGUAACAUGGGCUGUGAUGGUGGCUUCCAGGAGUACGGCUUCGAGUACAUUCGCGACCAUGGCGUUACGCUGGCCAGCAAGUACCCGUACACGCAGUCGGAGAUGCAGUGCCGUCAGAACGAGACAGCCGGACGGCCACCCAGGGAGAGCAUCGUGAAGAUCCGCGACUACGCCACGAUUACGCCCGGCGAUGAGGAGAAGAUGAAGGAGGUGAUCGCCACCCUGGGGCCACUGGCCUGCUCCAUGAACGCGGACACCAUCUCGUUCGAGCAGUACGGCGGCGGCAUCUACGAGGACGACGCCUGCAACCAGGACGAGGUGAACCACUCGGUCACUGUGGUGGGCUACGGGUCGGAGAACGGACGCGACUACUGGAUCAUCAAGAAUUCAUACUCCCAGAACUGGGGCGAGGGCGGCUUCAUGCGACUCAUCCGCAACGCUGGCGGCUUCUGCGGCAUCGCCAGCGAGUGCAGCUACCCGAUCUUGUAGAGAUUCCACCCGAUCUCUAUGUAGUUAGCCUACGCCAUAGAUAUAUAGUAUAGUCAGUUACAAAACCACGAAUUUAUAACUAUGUUACUCUAGUUUGUAGCGUUGCGGUGGCGACAUCCGGCCAAUUUUUGUGCCUUGGUCCGGGAUGUGUCACUCGGUCAUAAAUAAACAUGAAAGUGCCUUUCAAUA